AUGAUGAUGGACGACGGUAUCAACGUCGACGAUUUAUUUGGUGAACCCGCUUCUCUGGAAUUGGGUCUACCAUCCAGCACCUCUAUCAAAGGUCUUGCGCAGCGGUUGGAUGAAUUGCGACUCUCGGGUUGUUGCCAGAAAAUCGCCUGGUCCCGACAGGGAUGCAUCGCAUAUAUCACCCAUGAUACAUUAGGCGUGAACCUCCGUCACUUGGAGUGUCGCCCGUCCGAUGGCAAGUGGAUCUUGAGCGAGGACACCCCCUUGAGCCCGGUGACCGAGGCUCACGACCGUCACCCACUCGUCCACUUGUCCUGGAAUGAGGUCGGGUCGGAACUGGCCGUGGCCGAUUCGUCGGGUCGCGUGUCCAUCUACAACAUUGCUAUUGCUCUGAAUAAUCUCUCCGGACAGCGUCAUGCACACUUUGACCCCGAUGACGAUGGCGGCCAGAUUGUGGGCAUGAUGUGGCUGAACAUCCAGCGCUCGGUCCAUGCCUUCAAUCAAGCGGCCAAGGUCCAAGGUCGAUGGGCGUACUCCCCGUUUCGACGCCGUCCCAUCGGCCCGCUCCAUCCGGCCGGUAAGGCGGCGUUGGUUUGCGUCACCAAAUCGGGGAUGAUUCGACUUUUGUAUCAGAACCCCGACGGUAAAUGGGCGGAGAUAUCGGCGGAGCUGAAGAGCACCGCCUUCUCAGACCGGUCGUUAACUCACGCGGCCAUCGGGGCUGUCCAGGGUGGGAUUGUAAUUGCGACUCACUCUGCCUGCCAGAAGCUCUGUUUCUACCGGGCCCAGAUCAACUGGACUCCCGCGCAAUGGGAUCCCAGCCAGCUCAAGCACCCCCCGAACCCGAGUCAAUAUCCCGUUCCUAAUUUCCGCUUCAUGCACGCUAAAGUCGAAUCGUCCUGCAAUUUGCCCUCCUUGAAUCGGGACGAGGGACAAGAUUCCAAUGGUGUCCCUCAGACCACAAACUCUUUGUACUGUCUGACGCACCUGGACAUCAUCAUGGCGGCUCAUGACAGCCCUUCCGGCAUGACGACGAAUCCCUGGAUCGUUGCGGUGUUUUCCAUUCCUCCUCAUGCUGUGCCAGAUCACUCGCAACAACUCCCUGCUGGUGUUAUCGUCCGAUGGCAGCUUGAAUCAGCACCGCAAGUAUUGCAUCCUAAAUUCGACGAAGUCACCUCGAAGAAGAACAGCGUUCAGAUGAAACCAAAAACGGCCCUCCGUCGACUGGAGGAUAUUCCGUGCGAUAAGUACGUGAUAUCGAUUGAUCAGACGGAAUUUGGAAACGUGCUGGCCAUCACCUACGAUGACAGUACGAUCACCUUUUACGACCCCAAGACGAUGGCCAUCCUCAACGGAAACGAUGAUGCGAACACAGUGACGAGUCUGGCUCAGGCUGGGUUUAACUACCCUCCAGACACGCCAGGGUUAUACAUUGGCUUCUCCCCUAGUGGUUGCAUUGCUAUGACGCUUGACAAUGAUGGGCAACCACAGCUCAGAGUUAUGGAACACACAUAUGGCGUGGAGAAUGGGAUUUCAGAUGAGAGUAAAUUGUCUGCAGCCAUUGCCUCGCUGACACUUGCUUUCUGCCGUGGUUGCGGGAGCGAGCUCAACACGGACGAUAUCCUAAUGAUCCUUCGACGUCAAGUAUCACCUGACGACCAAGCGACGUUUGUCAACGAAGUAUACCGCGCGUUGGCCGUCAACUGCAACUUCACCCAGGAGAAUGAUAAGCUCAUGAGCCAUCAAUACCUUCCCCGAUGUCUCAGCAUCCAGGCUGCUCUCGGUUUCAAGGAUAAGUACAAGUCCCGCACCUUCGCAUCCAAUGUCCCGUGGACCAUCCUUCAAUUGCGACACGCAUCCGUUUUAUAUGCCUUAUUCAUCCAAUUCAACAAGGGGACUCAGAACGAAGCCCCAGAUCCAGAUGCCCUACGCAUACUUCUAGGCAACACAAAAUGGGCACUCGACUUCCUCCACUUCGUUCUCAAUGACCUCCUCGACCUCGCCGAUGAAUUUGAGGAUGUCUUCUCCGACCAGGAGGCAUUUGCUCAGAAACUAAAGACCGCCACCUCCCUCCCCCUCAUCAUCCUCCUCUCCAGCAUGUCGCGCGCCUUCCUCCGCUUCAUCUGCCGCGGCCUCCGCGGCAUCUACGCGGGUUACGCCACCGCCCCUCUCACCGGGGACGCGCGGAUCUACUACGCCGAAGUCUGCCAGACGAUCGACACCUCACCCGUGCGCAUCGACGUGUACGAGAAAUUCAUCGCCGGCGUCGACUCCGCCGUGCGCCACGGCUACCACGGCGCCGGGUUCGGCGACGCCGAACGUCCCGGCCCAGAGCGGGAAUUACUCGUCAAUGCGCGUAUCUCGCCCGUCUUGGUCCCCGCCGUGGCGACGAUCCUGCGACAGACCGUCCCCGGGCUGAAGUCCGAUAUCGACCGCUUGGCUAUCUAUACGGCCGAUUAUAGUUGGUUGGGGUUGGGGACGGAUCGUCGCGCGGAGAUGUAUCGGAGAACGAGGGAUGUUGACAUCAUCAAGAAGAUUCCGGUGAGGGUGCCGUCGGGUGGUGGUGAUGCGGCGGCGAGACAGAAUGCUGCUCCGGGUAGUGGUCCUGCAAGGAGGCGCUGUGUGCGGUGUUGUGAGAUACUGUGUGGGACGUACCCGCCGCGUCCGUAUCUCUCGUUCCGCAUGUUGUAUAAACUGGGGUAUGUGCGGUAUUGUAUCUGCGGUGGGGGGUGGGCUUGCGAGUCGGAGGGGAAAUAA